AUGCCUCCGACAGGAGCUGCUGCCUCCGCUGCUGCUGCGGCGUCAAUCGCCUCAAGAUUGACUCGUAUCGAUCUUACCCCCGCGCCGCCUGGGGCUCUCGCUUGCCAGCAGGAUUCAUCGCUGCGCUCACUGCGUACAACUGUGCACGCCUGUCGUGAACACGUCGUACCUGCCACCAAAAAGACCAAGGCCCAGCGCUUCUACGAGCUCGAGCUUCACGACACUGUGCUCUUUCCCGAGGGCGGAGGCCAGCCUUGGGAUACCGGCAACAUCGAUGGCGUGCAAGUGGACCAGGUAUAUGUCCAGGACGGCCGCUGUCUGCACCGCAUUCCUGUGAAGGAUGGAGCCAAGGCUCCGUUUGUGGAGGGUCAAGAGGUUGUCGCCGUCGUGGACUGGGCUCGCCGCUUCGACCACAUGCAGCAACACUCGGCGCAGCACCUUUUCAGCGCAGUCGCAGAGAGGUAUGGGUAUGAUACUACUACGUGGUCACUUGGAGAGGAGCGUUGCAACGUGGAGCUCGAGAAGAACGUGAUCCCCUCCGAGACGCUACAGAAGAUCGAGGAGGAAGUGAAUCAAGCCAUCGUGUCAAGUCUUACUAUGACCCCGUCGUUCGCCAAACCGGGAACGAAGGAGUGGGAAAAGAUUGCCGCGAAAUUUGACCCUGGACAGAUGCCAAAAGCGAUGCGAAUUGUGACCAUCGAUGGUCUGGAUGUGAACCCUUGCUGCGGUACACAUGUUCAGAACUUGGCACAACUCCGGUCUCUGCGCGUUCUGAGUACGGAGCUCGCUCGUGGAGCUUCUCGCGUCUGGUUUGUUGCUGGCGAACGAGUCAACCGCGAGUUUUCGCGUAUGUUGAAAAAUGAACACGCUCUAACGAAGCUGUUAAGUAGUGCACCGGAUGAUCACGCUUCUCGAGUUGAGAAGUUACUGCAGUUCCAGAAGAGCACCACGAAAGAACUUAAAAGCCUGCAGAAGGAACUUGCAGCCUCCAUCGCGCGUGACCUGGUAGCACAGACCAGCCAAGGUGUCGUCACUUACCACCGUGAUGAAGGUGAUCUCGGCUUCUUGCAGACGUUGUUGGGUCUGCUUGGAGACACGAAGAAGGAUGCAGUGUUUGUUCUCACGGCUGGUGAUGUGCGAGGUGAAGGCUUGUUCCUUGUUGCUGGACCUCCCGAGUUCAUCAUCGCUCACGGAAAGUCUGUGCUGCCUAUUAUCGACGGAAAGGGCGGCGGUGGCAAGAACGGUAUCAUUCAAGGCAAAGCGAAGGGCUUAAACAAGGUCGAUAUGUUGGUCGAGAAGCUACAGAAAUUGCGCCUUCAGCAAAUUUGA